AUGCACCAAAUCGCAUCGCGAUUUUCUGUUCCUUCCUCGCCAAGCCUCGAUCGGAUCGGAUCGAAUCCAAACGAACCAGCGCGAAACGAGAGCAAGCCUCUAGUAGCGGUGCAAGCGGACCUUAAAACGCGUACAGUGAAGGACGAGGAUAGGGGGGAUGCGGGAGGAGGUCAGGGGAGCAUCAGGGGAGUGGGUGAAGAGGAGGGGGGAGAAACGGGAGGUGGAGAUCAGAGGGGUGAAAGGACAGCAAGGAAUGCAGAGGGGAAGAGCAAGGGAGGCUGGGGGAUGAGUAAUGGGACGGGAGGCUGGGAGGAGGAGGAGGCAGUGGCAGUGAUAGCUGGAGUGCUGAGAGAUAAGUUUGGGCCUCAGAUUGUGAGAGAGGAGGUAGAGGAGUGGGGGGGUGGGAUAGGAAGCAGGGAGGACGAAGAGGAGGUGGAGAUAGUGAAAGAGGAGGAGGCGGAAGAAGAGGAGGAGGAGAGGGUAGAAGGAGUUGGGAAGGAAGCGAAGCAGAAUUGA